UUCUUCUUGACCGCCCGCCACUCCAUCCCCCUGCGAACCAUCGCCUGGUCCUUCUAUGCCCAGGGUGUCGGUGCUUGGGUCAUCUUCUCGAUGCCUGCUUAUGUGGUCUCGGCAGGAAUCGUCGGCCUGGUUGCCUAUGCUGUCUCCUGUGGUCUUCCCAUCAUCAUCGUCGCCCGCGUAGGCGCCAUCCUCCACCGCAAGUACCCCGACGUCCUCUCGCUCGGCGAUUUCGUCCAAUGGCGCUUCGGAACCGUUCCCACCAUUAUCGUCACCCUCGUCAUGCUUUUCAACAUGUCUAUCGCCCUCUGCGCCGAGUACACCUCGAUCGGAAACCUCAUGGAAUUCGUCAUCGGCGGCUCCCGUCUGCCCAUCAUCCUCUGUGUCGCCAUCGUCACCUCGAUCUACACCGCCGCCGGAGGUCUCUACGUCAGUAUCUUGACCGACGUUGCCCAGGGUGUCUUUGGAAUCGCCUUGCUGGCCGUCAUGGCCAUCUACGUCGCUGUCACCUACCGUCCCGAGAGCCUGCCCACUCCCCUGCCCGAGUUACUCGGUCCCAACUACUGGGGCUGGGCUGCUGUCGGCGCCAUGCCAAUCUCCAUGACCUGCGCCACCAUGUUUUCAGAGGCUCCCUGGCAGCGUAUCUGGGCAUCCGCUGAUGAGAGGGCUUUGAGGCGUGGAUCUAUCUGGGGUGCCCUGGGUUUGAUGAUCGUCUGCUUUCUGUAUGGGUUCGGUGGAUUCCUCGCCAUUUGGGCUGGCUUCCCCUCGUCUUCAGACGAUGGUUCGACUGCCUUCUUUGACCUCCUCGGCGCUGGACAGGCCACUGCUCCUGCAUGGAUCACCAUUUUCGCCGCCCUCUCAACCGUCACCAUGAACGAGGGCUGUGUCGAUUCGAUCCAGAAUGGUAUUGUCGACACCCUGGCCUCACGUUUCUUCCGUGGAAAGAGCGUCUGGUACCCCCGUGUCCUCGUCUUCUUGAUCAACGUCCCUAUCGUCUUUGUUUCGCUCAAGGGCUACAAUGUCAUCAUCCUGUUCUUGAUUGGCAACCUGGUCUGCACCAUCUGCGCUGUGCCACUGUUGCUCGGAUUGGUCGACAGUCUUGAGGGCUAUGUUACGGGCUGGUCCAUGGUUUUCGGAAUGAUUACUGGAUUCUUCUCGCUCGUUGUCUUUGGCUUCCUGAAGCUGGGCAACAUCGCGGACGGCAUGCACUAUAUCUUUAUCGAAGCUUACGAUUGGCCCUCCUUUGUUCUUCCCCUGGUUUUCUCGGCCAUCGGAGUCUUUAUUGCUGCUGCGAUCGAGGGCGUUAUCCGCAAGGCCUGCGGCUUUGCUUACCCG